UGCUCUCUCUCUCUCUCUGUGGUUAUUUCCUGUUGUUUCAGUCGUUUGUGAACUUUCACUCUGUCCCUCGUGGUGAUGCAGAUCUUGUCUCCAUGUUGAAGGUUUGGAUGCAACGACAGAAACCAGACCCUCCUGAACCCAGCUGUGUGUCCCUGAAGAGUGACCAGUCUAUGGGUCGUUUUGAUGAAUUUAAGGUUGGACAACCCGCUGAUGGAAGGAUACAACAAGAGAAACCAGACUCUCCUGCGCCCAGCUGUGUGUCCCUGAAGAGUGACCGGUCUAAUGGUCAUCUUCUUGACUUUAAAGAUGUACAAUCUGCUGAUGGAAGACUUCAGCAGAAGAGCUCAGAGGUUCCCAGUGAUCAGUCUGCCCAGCAGCAGCGAACAGACCUGAACUCCACAUUUAUGCUGCUGGAGGAGAAGAUCAUCACUUUUGUAAAGAACGAGCUGAAGAGUGUCCAGAGGAUUCUGAGUCCAGAUUACCCAGAAUGCUUUGAGAGUCUGAGUGAGGAUAAGGAGGUGUUGGACAGUGAGGAUGAAGAGCAGAGGAGCAGAGAGGUCUUUAUAAAGAUCGCACUGGACUUCCUGAGGAGGAUGAAGCAGGAGGAGCUGGCUGACCGUCUUUGGAGCAGAAAUAUUGCUGCAGUGUACCCACGUAGACUCAAGUCUAACCUAAAGAAGAAGUUCCAGUGUGUGUUUGAGGGGAUUGCUAAAGCAGGAAACCCAACCUUUCUGAACCAGAUCUACACAGAGCUCUACAUCACAGAGGGAGGGACUGCAGAGGUCAAUGAUGAACAUGAGGUCAGACAGAUUGAAACAGCAUCCAGGAAACCAGAAAAACCAGAAACAACCAUCAGACAAGAAGACAUCUUUAAACCCUCACCUGGAAGAGAAGAACCAAUCCGAACAGUGAUGACAAAGGGAGUGGCUGGCAUUGGGAAAACAGUCUUAACACAGAAGUUCACUCUGGACUGGGCUGAAGACAAAGCCAACCAGGACAUACAGUUCAUAUUUCCAUUCACUUUCAGAGAGCUGAAUGUGCUGAAAGAGAAAAAGUGCAGCUUGGUGGAACUUGUUCAUCACUUCUUUCCUGAAACCAAAGAAGCAGGAAUCUGCAGGUUUGAAGAGUUCCAGGUUGUGUUCAUCUUGGACGGUCUGGAUGAGUGUCGACUUCCUCUGGACUUCCACAACAAUGAGGUCCUGACUGAUGUUACAGAGUCCACCUCAGUGGAUGUGCUGCUGACAAACCUCAUCAGGGGGAACCUGCUUCCCUCUGCUCGCCUCUGGAUAACCACACGGCCUGCAGCAGCCAAUCAGAUCCCUCCUGAGUAUGUUGACAUGAUGACAGAGGUCAGAGGUUUCACUGACCCACAGAAGGAAGAGUACUUCAGGAAGAGGUUCAGAGAUGAGGAGCAGGCCAGCAGAAUCAUCUCCCACAUCAAGACAUCACGAAGCCUCCACAUCAUGUGCCACAUCCCAGUCUUCUGCUGGAUCACUGCUACAGUUCUGGAGGAGGUGUUGGAGACCAGAGAGGGAGGAGAGCUGCCCAAGACCCUGACUGAGAUGUACAUCCACUUCCUGGUGGUUCAGACCAAACUGAAGAAAGUCAAGUAUGAUGGAGGAGAUGAGACAGAUCAGCACUGGAGUCCAGAGAGCAGGAAGAUGAUUGAGUCUCUGGGAAAACUGGCUUUUGAGCAGCUGCAGAAAGACAACCUGAUCUUCUAUGAAUCAGACCUGACAGAGUGUGGCAUCGAUAUCAGAGCAGUCUCAGUGUACUCAGGAGUGUUCACACAGAUCUUUAAAGAGGAAAAAGGGCUGUACCAGGACAAGGUGUUCUGCUUCGUCCAUCUGAGCGUUCAGGAGUUUCUGGCUGCUCUUCAUGUCCAUCUGACCUUCAUCAACUCUGGUGUCAAUCUGCUGCCAAAGGAAGUGUCAGAAAGCAAAUCUACAGAUUUCUAUGAGAGUGCUGUGGACAAGGCCUUACAGAGUCCAAACGGACACCUGGACUUGUUCCUCCGCUUCCUCCUGGGUCUUUCAGUAGAGACCAAUCAGACUCUACUACGAGGCCUGCUGAUACACACAGGAAGUAGCUCAAAGACCAACCAGAACACGGUCCAGUACAUUAAGAAAAAGAUCAAUGAGAAUUUGACUGUAGAGAGAAGCAUCAAUCUGUUCCACUGUCUGAAUGAACUGAAUGACCGUUCUCUAGUAGAGGAGAUUCAGCAGUCAUUGAGUUCAGGAAGUCUCUCCACAGCUAAAAUCUCUCCUGCUCAGUUGUCAGCUCUGGUCUUCAUCUUACUGUCAUCAGAAAAACAUCUGGACGUGUUUGACCUGAAGAAAUAUUCUGCUUCAGAGGAGGCUCUUCUGAGGCUGGUGCCAGUGGUCCAAGACUCCAACAAAGCUCUGCUGAGUGGCUGUAACCUCUCAGUGAGAAGCUGUGAAGCUCUGUCCUCAGUUCUGAGCUCCCAGUCCUCUAGUCUGAGAGAGCUGGAUCUGAGUAAAAACAACCUACAGGAUUCAGGAGUGAAGCUGCUUUCUUCUGGACUGAAGAGUCCACACAGCAGACUGUCAGUUCUCAGGUUAAGUGGCUGUAACCUCUCAGGGAGAAGCUGUGAAGCUCUGUCCUCAGUCCUCAGCUCCCAGUCCUCCAGUCUGAGAGAGCUGGAUCUGAGUAAUAACAACCUGCCAAGUUUAGGAAUGAAGCAACUUUCUUCUGGACUGAAGAGUCCACACUGCAGACUGGAAACUCUCAGGUUGCGCGGCUUUAAACUGUCAGAGCAAAGCUGUGAAGCUUUGUCUUCAGUUCUCAGCUCCCAGUCCACCAGUCUGAGAGAGCUGGACCUGAGUAACAGCAACCUGCAGGAUUCCGGAGUGAAACUGCUGUCUGCUGGACUACAGAGCCUCCACUGCAGACUGGCAAAUCUCAGGCUGAUUGGCUGUAAACUGUCAGAGAAAAGCUGUGAAGCUCUGUCUUCAGCUCUCACCUCUGAAUGUUGUAGUCUGAGAGAGCUGGACCUGAGUAGCAAUGAUCUGCAAGAUUCAGGAGUGAUGCUUUUGUCUGCUGGACUAGAGAGUACAUUCUCAACACUGGAAUCUCUCAGGUUUAGCGGCUGUAAAAUAUCAGCGAGAAGCUGUAAAGCUUUGUCCUCAGUUCUCAGCCUCCAGUCUUCUAGUCUGAAAGAUCUGGAUCUGAGUAACAACGACCUGCAGGAUGCAGGACUGAAUCUGCUGUCUGCCGGACUGGAAAGUCCACACUGUACACUUGAAACUCUCAGUCUGUCGGGUUGUCAGGUCACAGAAGAAGGCUGUGCUUCACUGGCCUCAGCUCUGAGCUCCAACCCUUCCAAUCUGAGAGAAUUGGACCUGAGCUACAAUCAUCCUGGACACUCAGGAGUGAAGCUGCUGUCUGCUGGACUGGAAGAUCCAAACUGGAGACUGGACAUUCUCAGGGUGGACCACGGUGGAGUGCAGAGACUGAAACCAGGCUUUAAGAAGUGUGAGUGUGUUUUUAUCAUUGUGUAAUAAACAAUAAUGUUUUUUAAUUGAAUUCAUGAGAACAAAGCUGCUACACUAGAUUUUUGUUUUAUUUUGAUUAAAGGACAAUAAUGAAUGUCUUAAGAGUUUCAAUAAGGAUUUAGCUUCUGUGUUUGCCAGUGUGGCUGGAAAGAUGCUG